AAAGUUUUGAAUAUUAUGAAUAAUAUAAAACAAUUAAUAGAAGCAAUUUAAAAAGUGGAACAAGAAUUUAGUAAAUAGAACAUAAAUUCAGAAGAUCGAAUACCCAUCAUUAGUAAAAUCUUAUUCAAUGAAAAUUUGUAAACUUUGGAUAAUCUAGAUUAAGUAUUAAUCACAUAAUUUUAGUAAAGUGGUAUACAUUAAUAUAAUCAAAGGUUUAAAUGAACUUAAUGAAUAUAUUGAUUACUUACUUUAUAGAUUAGAUUCAUAAUGCGAUUUUGAACUAAAUUUAAAUUAUUAAACUAAUGAUAAAAUAUUGUAAGAAAUAUCAUUCUGUUAAUAAUAAUUUAAGGAACAAGCGACAUAAGAUGAAAAUGAUAUUAAGAAAAUAUAAAGGCCUAGAAUCUCCACUUAAAAAUGA